AUGCCCCCGUGCCGAAGUGCCCCCGUGCAGAGGUGCCCACGAGCAGAGGUGCCCACGAGCAGAGGUGCCCACGUGCAGAGGUGCCGAAGUGCAGAGGUGCCCACGUGCAGAGGUGCCCACGUGAAGAGGUGCCGAAGUGCAGAGGUGCCCACGUGCAGAGGUGCCGAAAUUACCAUCCGCGCAACCGCUCGUAACGUCGCCCCACACCCCUGCGCGUUCAUCCUCGUGUCUCUUCCCAUUGCAGUCAAGCAAACGGCAGACACACGCGCGUCCCUCUCUCACAUCGCUGGACCUCCAUGGAUCGCGCUUCAUACUUCCUUCGUACUUCCUUCUCACGACCUGCAAGAAAAAGGGGGUAUGGUGGGUGUCUCUCGCUGCAGCCCUGUCCCGGCAGACGUGCAGACAGCAGACACACACGCGCGCGCGUUGCCCGGCGCCAACCUCCCCCCGCUGACGUCUCGCUCGCUCGUGCCCUGCACCGCCUUGCACCGCUUUCGUCUCCGCUCGCGUCCUCCCGCCAACGCCCGCGUCCUCCCACCAACGCCCACGGCUGACCCAGCAGACGUGCAGAAGGCAGACGCGCGCCACUCCAUACCGUUCCUCGCCCCACUCGUUCGUUCAUCGUCCCUGAGUGUUCUUUCGAAACGUCUUUGCGUGUUUGUUUCUUCAUCCUGCAAGAAAGGGGGGGUAGCGGGUGUCUCGUGGUGCAGCCUGAAGUUGUCCUAG